AAGAGGGAAGCUUCCUGGAAGCUCACUAUGGCACUCUCGACAACCACAACACCCCCAUUUAACAACCGCUCCAUCCCCACUAUUUCCUCUCAGAAAUUUCCUCUCCUUCGUCUUCGCCAUCUCGUCCUUAGCUUCUUCUUCUUCACAUUCUGGCUUCCGCCAUGAAACUCAUCAAUUUUAACCCAAAAAGCCUCUUUAGGUCCUCGUCCAAGAAGAGUAGAUCGCUAUCACGGUCCGACCCUCAAUCGUUCAACUCAGGCAUCUCUUCUUCUUCUUCUUCUUCUUCCUCUUCUUUGUCAGAUUCUUCCUCGUCGACCCACCUCAAAGAAUUCGGCGGCGGUGUUGUUGGUGGUGGUGGCGGUGGUGGUCCAGGUACACCCACUAGUGUUCUUCCUUCUUACCCACAUCAAGGUGUAUCGGGUGACUGGUCCGAUUUACCGGCCGACAUGACCGUGGAGAUGGUUCAGUCUUUUAAGCUCGUCGACAGAGACGGUGACGGUAAGAUACCGAAGCAUGAUAUGGAGGCGUUGUUGGUUCGGCUCGGCUUGGCGCCGGAGAGCGAAGAAGAGCUUUCAAUGAUGUUGAUGGAAAUCGAUCGGGAUGGUGAUGGUUGUAUAUCGCUGGAGGAGUUCGGCGCCAUCAGCUCGGCUUUCGGCCCAGCUUGCGGCUCUGAGCUGCACGAGGCUUUUAACUUCUUUGAUGCCGACGGUGACGGAAAGAUCUCGGCGGAAGAGCUGUUGAGGGGGUUCCUUAUUAUUGGGGAUGACCGGUGCACGUUAGAGGAUUGCAGGCGUAUGAUAGAUGGGGUUGAUACGGAUGGGGAUGGGUUUGUGUGUUUCGAUGAUUUCUCGCGAAUGAUGGAACAGCAGAAAUGUUGACGGUGAUGAGGAAUAAAUCCCGGGAUUUUAUUUUGAUUCCUUUUUUGUGGUGAUUUGGUUGUUAUGUUUAUAGGUUGAGUUUGGGUGUGUACACAGUUUGGGAUCUAUAAAGGGAAAGAUUGCAGUUGACCGUUCGAUUGGUAUCGAUCGUUCAGUGGGAUUUGCCAAAAGGUCUGUGUAUGUUCUCCAUCUGCCUACCAUGACCUCCUUUUCGUAUGUACAUAUGUGAGUUUUCACUUAAUCAAUCAAAUUAUCAAUAGAACUGGUACUUGAUUCUCUCUC